UUUGUUCCAAAUGGAAAGAGGCAUGUGAACUAGCUUGGUACGACAUUAUAAAAUACACAUUUGGUGGAUUAAGCGAUCGUGUUUUUGAUGAAAAUUUGUUGGCACCAUCAUAUGUUGAGAAAUUAUUAUCAAAGUUUGGUUUUUAUUUGAGAGAGUUGCGUUUGUUGGAAAUUUGCAAAUCAAAUAUCAUGCCACUCAUUGGUGAACACUGCAAAAAUUUAACAAGUCUUGACCUAGUUGUCAACGGGAAAUUUAAAAUAAAUAACAAUCACUACAUUCAUGCCUUCAAAAAGUUGUAAAAAUUAAAAAAAAUUCAUAUACGCGUAUUAAAUAUUGAAGAUUGUAACAAUACCAAGUUUCGAUCUCACAUAAUCAAUUAUCUUCCAGAAGAAAUAAAUCAAAUUUUUUUCGAUUAUGGAGUAGACAUGUUCAUGCCACCACUGUUUUUCAAUAUAACGAAAUUCAAAAAGCUUCAGUAUUUGGCAUUAACUGGCUGCCUUCUAGACGACAUAAUUCAAGGAAUAUCCGAAACAACAACACUUGUUGAACUCAGUCUUAUUGAUUGUUUUGUGAGUGAAAACUGCUCGUACAAUCCUGUUAAUAUUUUUAAUCAAUUUGUAAAUUUGGAAUAUAUUAACAUUAAUAACCAAUGGGACAAAGAGACUCCAAACGUACUCAAUAAUAUUUUAAAUUCAUCCAAGAGUAUAAGAUAUUUUAAUAUUAUGUUGUAUCCAGAUUUUAAUGCACCUGAUAUUUCAAUUAAAAACUGGGAUAAUCUUCUUACCUUGAAACAUUUCGGUACUCGUUGGAGAAUUAAUGAUAACAUAGCAAUCAAAUUGGUAAAAUAUUGCAAGAAUUUAAUGUCUUUAGAUAUUUGGAGUGGAGUGAUAACACAAACUGCUUUUCUAAAAUUGUCAGAACUAAAAAAUCUUGGAUUUUUAAAAUAUUGUUUCUUAAAUGGAGUUUCCAGGAAUGAAUUUAAAAAUACAAUAUUUACAAUUAAAAAAAAUUGCAAAAAACUUAAACAUCUGAUUAUAUCAAAUCAUUAUAAUGAUAUUGAUAAUAAUGAGACUGAACCAGUUCUGCCUGCAGUCAUUUUUAAUGAGUUAUCAAAAUUGCAAUAUCUUGAAUAUUUAAAUGUGUCAAAUAUGCAUAAUUUCCAAGAUAGCAGUAUUAUCGCUAUUGUUAAUAAAUGUAAAAAUCUACGAAAAUUAGAUAUAAGUUCAUGCAUCUAUAUUACUCAAGCAGCUCUCAAGUCUAUAACCAGUUUGGAAAAAUUAGAAAAAUUAAAUGUCAGUUUUAUGGAUAGUGUUACAGACAAUUUUAUCAGUAAAUUGAAAGGAUUAAAGAAACUUUGGUGUGAAUCUUGUAAAAACAUCACUGAUGCUGGUAUAAUCCAAUGUAUUAAAAAUUGUCCAAAUCUUAACACUCUUUGUCUCUACCACUCUAACAUUACAAUUAACACAUUUACUGGUGCUGACGAAAUAACUAAAAAUCGUAUAAAUAAUAUUGUUUUGUAUAUAUUCUAUAGUAAUUUUACGGAAGCUUCAAAGUUAAAAACUAAAUCUAACUGGUUAGUUCUUCGUCCUGGAAGUUAGGUAAAAAGUGAUAUGAACUAAAAAAAAAAAAAA